UCGCUUCAACUCCCGAAUGCGUCAGAGAGGAGCAGCCUUUUUGCCGAGUCGGUUGAGCCAGAUUUUAGUAUCGCGGCGACUAUUGUGGGGACUGUACGUUGUAAACGAGUUCCACAGAAAGUGCAGGAACAAACAGAAAAUGUUUUCACGAACUAUACUUGGUGUCCUCUUCGGGACGUUGCUGAUAAUUGGCAUUAUUCCAAAUGCGAUUUCUUACAAUAAAUAUGGAAGAACUUGUCAGGACAUCGGUUGCCGUAGUGAUGAAACGUGUGUGAUGGCUGAAGAUCCUUGUACCGGCUAUUCAGAUAAGUGCGGGCGAUAUCCGACCUGCCGGAGGACAAGUGGAGCAAGUUGUACGACUAUGGUUUGUGGAGAGAACGAAUAUUGUAAGACCGAAAAUGGUGCGCCAAAAUGCGUGAGAAAAUCUACAGGAUUAGCAUUGCCUCCGGGAGUAGACCAAGUAUCAUAUCGAACGACACCAAGAGUUCCAUCGCCACCGCCUAGAUCUUCGUCAUACGGAGGAAGAUACAGCGGUCAUUCUGAUUCCCGGAGCAAUGUAAAUGAUGGUUCUAUCCUAUCAUAUCGAACGACACCAAGAGCUCCAUCGCCACCACCUAGAUCUUCGUCAUUCGGAGGAAGAUAUAGCGGUCAUUCCGGUUCCCGAAAUAGUGUAGGUGAUGGUUCCAUCUUUAAUCGCCUGUUUGGGGGUGAUCGUUAUCCUCGACCCACCACCAGUACUACCAGAAGACCUAUGCCAACAAACAGAAACAAUUAUUAUCAGAGCCACACUCACGUGGACAGUCAUGGAAACAGAGUCUGGACGUUUUCUGAGAGCGACGAAGUUGAGACACGAUUAGUUCAAAAACGAGAGAAUAGUCAUCAAACAGAAGCCGAAAUACGUGAAUCUUCAGAUACAUCUAGAAAUUCGGACGGCCAAUUGAAUCCUGCUAAAUCUUCUGGAUAUCCAUCUGGUUCUGGAUAUCCCAGUAGUAGCGGUUACCCAAGUUCUGGAUCUUCCGAUUCAACAAAUCAACCUCGAUCCCGUUAUCCCUCCAGUGGAUCAUCCGGUUAUCCAACCAGUGGAUCAUCUGGUUAUCCAUCCAGCGGAUCUUCCGGUUAUCCAACCAGUGGAUCAUCCGGUUAUCCAUCCAGCGGAUCUUCCGGUUAUCCAUCCAGCGGAUCUUCCGGUUAUCCAUCCAGUGGAUCUUCCGGUUAUCCUUCCAGUGGAUCAUCCGGUUAUCCCUCUAGUGGAUCUUCCGGUUAUCCGUCCAGAAGUAGUUCUGGUUAUCCGACAGGAUCUGGAUAUCCGGAUAGUUCUAAGAAUUCUAAUAACGAAGAAACUGUUAGACGAACUGGUGCUAGUACCGUAAAUGCUGGCUAUCCCUCUAGUGGAUCAUCUGGUUAUCCUUCAAGUGGAUCAUCCGGUUACCCUUCUAGUGGAUCAUCCGGUUACCCUUCUAGUGGAUCAUCUGGUUAUCCCUCUAGAGGGUCAUCCGGUUAUCCGUCUGGUGGAUCAUCUGGUUAUCCAUCCAGUGGAUCAUCUGGUUAUCCGUCCAGUGGAUCAUCUGGUUAUCCAUCUAGCGGAUCAUCCGGUUAUCCAUCCAGAAGUAGUUCUGGUUAUCCGACAGGAUCUGGAUAUCCGGAUAGUUCUAGAAAUUCUAAUAACGAAGAAACCGUUAGACGAACUGGCGCUAGUACGGUAAAUGCUGGCUAUCCAGGCUAUCCGCAAGGAAAUCCGUCAUAUCCUGGCAACUAUCCGUCUCAAAAUGCGGGAUAUCCCUCUUCAGGGUAUCCAUACAAUAAUCAACGUCCUCCAUACGCAAAUCAAGGUCAACCAUCCGGUUAUCCACAAAAUUAUCCACAAGGAAGACGUCCUGAUGGCGGAUAUUAUCCAGAUCAAAAUUAUAUGACCACCACCAAACGUCCUGGUUUUCGAGAACAACUGACAAACUUGGCACGAAACGUGGCACAGAAAGUGCUAACGCAAGCGAUAGUAGAUCGUGUUACUGGGAGACAACAAAAUUGAUAGUAUAAUAAAGUUAUUUUGUUUAUUUCUAUAAAAUCUGCAUUAGAAAUGUUCUGAAAUGUAGCACUUUUUGCAAUAUGUUUCUUAGAUAUCAUUAACUUUUUUGUGAAAAGUAAUAAAAAAUCAUUAAAAUAA